CAAGAGUGUUGAGUGUCAUACACUCACAUGAAAACGAAUAAAACACUACUUUUAUUUUACUUUUCUACAUUUUAUUUUUUAUUUUGCACACCUUGUAAAAUUUUAUUAUUCUAAAUCUUUUUUAUUAUAAAAAAAUGUCUUCUCCAACUCUCUCUUCAGCCUCUUCUUCAGGCAUAAUCUAUGCCCUAGUUUCCCGCGGGUCCCAAAUCCUUGCUGAGCACUCAACGACCACCGGGAAUUUCCACCAAAUAACGCAAACAAUUCUUUCAAAAAUCCCCCCAAACAACAGCAAACUAACCUACGUCUAUGACCGCUACCUCUUCCAUUACAUCAGUGAAAACGGGCUAGUUUUCCUCUGCAUGGCCGAUGACAAAUUCGGACGUCGCAUUCCAUUUGCUUUUUUGCAAGACACCAUGGAGCGGUUUGUUUCAGCAUAUACAGACGAGGAUAUUAGGGAUGCUACGCCUUUGGGAUUGAAUGGGUUUUCACGGGUGUUGGCGAGACAGAUGGAUUAUUAUUCGAGAAGUUCGGAUGACGCUAUUAGGCAGGUGAGGGGGGAGAUAUCGCAGGUUAAGGAUGUGAUGGUGCAGAAUAUUGAGAGGGUUUUGGAGAGAGGCGAUAGAAUUGAUUUGCUCGUGGAUAAGAGCUAUGGACUGAGUAAUGCCGCAUUUGCGUUUAGGAAGAGGAGCACGGCGUUGAAGAGGCAGUAUUGGUGGAGAAAUCAGAGGCUUUUGGCCCUGGUUGUGUUUGCCGCUGUGGUUUUCGUUUAUUUGAUUAUUUCGUCGGCUUGUGGAUUCCCCACAUGGAGCAAAUGCCGCACUUAAAUUUUUAUUAUUUAGAAAUAUAUAUUUAUUUUAUAUUGUUAUGAGCUGGCCACAACGAUAUUCUACAUUU